CGGACAUGGUGUUUCACGGCCACAAAGGGAAGGAGACCCAGAAGGAGAGAGGGCUGGACAGUAGUACUAAGCAGUCCCUUCGGUGAGAUGAGUAGGAAGAGUUGCAUCCAGGAAGCCCUUUGGAGGGUCCAUGUGGUCCCCAGUGCAUCUCCCACCUCCUCCUCCUCAGGCAGGAGGAGGCAGAGUUGCUGCUGCUGCCAAUGCGCCAGGAUAGAGCGAUCUCGGCGCGGGAGGAGAUGACGCAAAAGGCAGAGCUCCCCCCAAAAAAGUGUUUCUCCAGGACGAAGAUGGCGGCAACUUAGCCCAGGGGCCCAAGAUGCCUGUGCCCAUCGGGGGCCCCCAGCCUGGCAGUUCCGCCCCGUGCGCCCGGGGACACCGCGCCCGGCGGCAGCAGCGGCGGCAGCCGCAGCCCAUUGUCACCAGCAGCGGCGGCGGCCCCGGCAGCCUCCUCCUCCUCUUCCUCUUCCUCCUCCUCCUCUUCAGCAUCCUCGGCAGCGCUCCGGGAGCCCUGCAGCAGCGUCUCUCCAGUUAGAGCGGAGCGGAGAGAGAAGAAAGAGACUGAGACAGCGGUGCAGGCAUCUGUGCCGCGGCUCGGGGCUGAGGAAGAGGAGCAGCGGCGGCAGGGAGGAAGAGGAGGCGAGGAGACCUCCCGUAGCCGUCCGUCGGCAGCGGGGGACGCGGCAUGCGGUUGUCCGGGGGCAGUGGGCUUUUCUCAGGAGGGAGAUGGGGAGCUGCGAUCUGACCAUGCCUGGGUGAGAGGGGGAAAGGACCAGUCGCGCAGCCCCGCCACCACCAACUAUCACCACCACUACCACCACCACCAUCUCCUCUCCCUCCUCCUCCUCUCUCUGCGUUAUUGCUCUUAUCUUCUCCACGGCACUCCGCGUUGGAUGGACUGGGGCUGUUUCGUGUGGUGAGACCAAGGCAGAGCCACCGGCGAAACCAACAAUAUCUCAGAGGAAGAAAAAGAAGAAAGAAGAAAGAAGAAAGAAAGAAAAAGAGAAAGAAAGAAAAAAGAGGAAGAAAGAGAGAAGGGGGAGAGUGGAAGAGAGAGAGAGAGGGAGAGCAAGCGAGCGAGAGAAGGGAAGGCAGGCAAGAAAAUCCCCCCAAUCUUUUAAGUCAAUGCAUAUUGUGGUGACACUGGCAAAGGAGCCCUCACGGUGGAGUCGGCCAGGGCUGUGCGUUCCCAAAAUAUGACCAGGGGUGCUUGGAUGUGUAGUCGGCAGUAUGAUGACGGCUUAAAAAUCUGGUUCGCACCCCGGGAGAACGAGAAACCCUUCACGGAUUCAGAGAGGGCUCAGAAAUGGCGACUGUCCCUGGCAUCGCUCUUGUUUUUCACGGUCCUGCUCUCUGAUCACUUGUGGUUCUGCGCCGAGGCCAAAUUCACGGGGACCGGAGAGAAGGAGCAGCCGCCGCCCGAGAAGCCGGAGCCCGCGGAGCCGGAGCUGCUGGCGGGCAUGGGGGAGCCGGCGCCCCCCGCGCCCCGGCUCCUCGCCCCCCCCUCGCCCUCCCUCCCGCCCUCCCCCGGCAGCAGCGGCGGCGGCAGCCGCGGCAGCCGCGCCAACAGCACCGAGCCCCGGCACGGCAAGGCUGCUUUCCUGGGGAACUCCACCGCCAGGCCCCUGGAGACGUGCCCCCCCCCGGGCUCCUCGUCCGGGCAGUGCUUCAGCGUGGGCGACGCGGAGGCGGUGUGCCGGCAGCGAGGGGGGUCGGGGCGGCCGCGGGGCACGGGGCAGAGCCCGGCGCCCGGCUGGGACCUGACGGAUUUUUACCUUUCCUUUUGUAAUUCCUACACACUUUGGGAGUUGUUCGCCGGGUUGUCCAAUCCGGACACUUUGAACUGCAGUCUGGAUGUGGUGCUGAAGGGGGAAGGCUCCUGCAGCCAGUGCGUCCAGGCUUACCAGCGCUACGACCAGCACGCUCAGGAGAAAUACGAAGAGUUUGAGGUUAUGCUCCAGAAAUAUUUACAGUCGGAUGAGUACUCGGUGAAAUCGUGUCCUGAGGAUUGUAAGACUGUCUACAAAGCCUGGCUCUGUUCCCAGUAUUUUGAAGUCACACAGUUUCACUGCAGCAACAGAAUUCCUUGCAAGCAAUACUGUUUGGAGGUUCAAACGAGGUGUCCCUUUAUAUUACCAGACAAUGAUGAUGUCAUCUAUGGAGGACUAUCAAGUUUCAUCUGUACAGGGCUCUAUGAAAACUAUCCAACCAAUGCAGAACCAGAAUGCUGUGAUGUCAGAUGGGGACUAUUAUCAGAUCAUCAACCCAAAGGGACUAUAAAAACAAGUGGCUCAACGAUGUGUCACAGGACAUCGCUCACAGUUUCAUCAGCAUCAAGACUGUGUAACAGCAGACUUAAACUGUGUGUUCUUGUAUUAAUUCUCUUACAUACAGUACUUACAGUCUCAGCAGCACAGAACUCAACAGGACUGGGCUUUGGAAGCAUAACAACUUUGGAAGAUAAUUCAGCCAAUGAGGAAUAAAAGAAAGGAUUCAUCUUACAUGAUAGAAACACAACAGGCCCGAAUUACUACAGUCAAAAAAAGCAAGAACUGAGUGCUUUACCCUCAGAUCUCUUCUUGAAUGACCUUUUGGGUAAAAUGAAAAGGAUGGGCCACUACCCAAACAACAAGGACACACAAACACAGCUUUUUAUUGACUAAAAGGCUGUUUGGUGACUUACCUUUCUCACACCAUUUUAUACACUGUGUUUUAAUGUUUGGAGUUUCUUUUUUUUUGUUUGUUUUUUGCACUUGUUAAUACAGGAUUUUAUUUUUGGGACAGUUUCUCAAAGCUAAAUUAAGUCUUUUCUCUGUCGAUAUAUUUCUAGUCAUUGUGUGUGUUCAUCUGAUAGUUCUGUCUUUUAUGUCUUGUCAGUUUCUAUUAGAGGAAUGACUGCUAUGAUUUCAUGACAUAGCAAAAAAAAAAAAACAGGAAAAAAAAAGAAAAA